CAAAUCUCCUUCACAACUGGAUGUCCUAGUGAUUUUUUUUUCCAUCAAGACUCUCUUUCUCUCGCUACCAGCUCGAAAAUGGCGAAACCGCUUGUCUUCUACUUCAUCGCUGUUGCUCUCUUCAUCAAUCUGUCCCACGCCAACAAGGAUCCCGAGCCGAAUUCAAGUCCAUCUUUAGCCCACGACGAGCUAAUCAAGUACGGAUUUCCCAUAGGACUCCUCCCUACAAACGUCCUAGGGCACACUCUCAACCAGACCUCCGGCGACUUCGCGGUUUUCAUCGGAGACAAGUGCCGCAUCACCCUCCCUCCGGACAACUACCUGGCAACUUAUUCGAAGAAAAUCACCGGUAAGAUUGUCCAGAAUCGCAUCUCCGAGCUCGACGGGAUUAGCGUUAGGGCUUUCUUCAAGUGGUGGGGCAUUACCGGAAUCAGAUCCAGCGGCGAGAACUUGGUAUUCGAGGUUGGAAUGGUCACCGCCAAAUACCCGUCUAAGAAUUUCUACGAGAGCCCUGAGUGCGAGGGCAAGCACUCCUCUUCUUGAGGGCAGGCUAUUGUUCAUCUGUUGCAGAUUUCAGUCAGCAUGUCAUAUGAAUUUUCGCGCAGUGAAAGCGGAAUGUACUGAUAAAUUGACUUGCAAUUGAAACCAAGAGAUCUAUAGCUUCCUCUGAUGGUAGAUUUGUCUAUGCAUUGUAUGUAUAUAAACUCAACUUUAAGUUUGUACCAAGUAAUUGGUAACUUAUGCAGACCAAUCCUACCUUAAUAAUUUUCAACGAAUUGUGUGGUUAAUUUUCAUUUUAUUUAAUGUUUUUAUAUAAUGAAGUGUUCUGUUGGGG